GAAAGGAAAGAACUUCAGAUACAAACGCAAGCCAUCAGAGUAUAUAGAGGGUGUCUGGUGGUAGAACUGGGUGACUUCACUUGGGGGGCAUACCCCCUCUAAGUCACAUGACUUUCCCUGAACCAACCAUCUGGGCAGGGAGUGGGGUGAGGCUAGGGGUGCCUGGCUGGUACCAGGUUUCAUGCCCAAUCAAAGGGAUGGGAUCCCACUUGCCAGUUCCAUAACCCAACUGGGAGCUGGAGAGGGGUGAUUUCUUAAAGAAAAGUCAGAGUGUUCUUAGUAAACAAGGCUUAGGACUUGUUUGAGCAGCAAAAACAAACAAAACCAGCAGUUGUUCCCUAUAGACUCCUUUCAUUUAUUCCACGUACUGCCAGGAAGCACCUAUUCUGUGCCAAGCUAACAAAUACUAGCUGAGCACCCAUUAUGUGCCCAGUCCUAUGAUUUUUCUCUCAUUUUACCUAGCCUCCACUCUCUGAAAGAACCGGCCCUCCUGCCUGCCAGAGGGAAUGGAGGGGUCCCCCUGCUCUACCUGGUUCCCCUUAGCGCCAGGGCUACCUGAUUUGAUUACUCUCACUGUUGGGGAUUGACAGUGAGAGCAAAUGGGGAGCUACCUGGGAACAGCCGAACAGGGUCUGGUUGACACCAAAGCCCACCCUCCAACAGCCCCAGCCUAGCCUCCAGCUGCGCCUCUGCCCCUCCCAGGCACCCCCAGGCACUUCCACAGCAGAGCCUCCAGCCUUCAGCUGGCAGCUGCUAGGACCCAGGGGGCUGGUGUGGUGCCAGGCCCUGCCCCUCCCUGGCCAGCUCUGUGUGUCUCUGAAGGCACAUCAGAGUGACAGCCAGUACCAUCUCCAGCCGUGGCUGAGUAGUUGGGGCAGAGAAGAGAGCAGAGAGGCGGCAGGCCCAGUUUUGCACCCUGAUGGGACCAGCCAAGCUCCCCAGAGGAUGGCAGCCAGGGCAAGGGAACCAGCACCUGGGCAGCCUAUGAGCACAGGGUGAAGCCUGAGCACUGAAUGGGCAACACCACAGGGCUGACGGCCACAGAGGUAGCAGGCUCCAUGGCCUGGGUCCUGGCGGCAGUCUUGGAGGCGGCUGCGCUGCUGGGCAACGGUGCGCUGCUAGUCGUGGUCCUGCGCACGCCAGGACUGCGCGACGCGCUCUACCUGAUGCACCUGUGCAUCGUGGACCUGCUAGCGGCGGCCUCCAUUAUGCCGCUGGGCCUGCUGGCCGCGGCGCCGCCGGGGCUGGGCCGCAUGCACCUGGGCCCGGCACCCUGCCGCGCGGCGCGGUUCCUCUCCGCCGCGCUACUGCCCGCCUGCACGCUAGGCGUGGCGGCGCUCGGCCUGGCGCGCUACCACCUCAUAGUGCAACCGCUGCGGCCCAGCGCUUGGCCUCCGCCUACUCUGGUGCUCACCAUCCUGUGGGCGGUGGCCGGCCUGCUGGGCGCACUCUCCUUACUCGGGCCGCCCUCCGCACCCCCCGCCCCAGCUCGCUGCUCCGUGCUAGCCGGGGGCCUCGGGCCCUUCCGGCCGCUCUGGGCGCUGCUGGCCUUCGCCUUGCCCACCUUCCUGCUGCUUGGGGCCUAUAGCGGUAUCUUCCUCGUGGCCCGCCGCGCUGCCCUGCAGCCCCCAAGGCCGGUGCGGGAGUCCCGUCCACGCUCUGAUUCUCUAGAUAGCCGCCUCUCCAUCUUGCCACCCCUCAGGCCUCGCCUGCCGGGCGGCAAAGCAGCCCUGGCCCCAGCGCUGGCCGUUGGCCAAUUCGCAGCCUGCUGGCUUCCUUACGGCUGUGCGUGUCUGGCGCCUGCUGUGCAGGCCGCAGCAGUGGAAACCGCUGUCACCUGGGUGGCCUACUCAGCCUUCGCAGUUCACCCCUUUCUGUAUGGCCUACUGCAGCGCCCUGUGCGCCGGGCACUGGGCCGCCUCGCUCGCCAAGUCCUGCCCCCGCCACCACGGGCCUGUAAUCCAAGGACCUGGCAUCCACGGGCACUCUUGCAGCACCUCCAGGGACCUCCAGGCGACCCUGCCCUCGGUCAUUCUGAGGCACCAGAACAAGACUUGGAUUUGGCAAGAAGGGAGGAGCUGCACAUGCCAGAAGCCACGUGAGCCAUCUCUCUCCCAAGCUGAGCCCAGGACUGGAGAGCAGGGGCGGGGGUAUCAGACGGGACCACCCAGCCUCCUGCACAGGUUGUAGCAGGUGGCCUGCCUGGGCUUCUGGCUCCAACUGGGAGAACGUGUACCUGCGCCUGGUGAGGGCCAAAGACUUUGGUAGCCAGGAAUGCUAGGUCCUGCAGCCCACGGGCCUCGUGGGCCUCGGUUUCCCCAUCUCUAGCCUGGACCACGUCUAGGGCUGCUCUAGCUUAGCUGUUCUGGGUACAUAUGGACGGUCCCCAGGCCAAAGGAGUAGAGGUGCCAGGGACACAAGAUAACAGGGCUCUAGAGCUCACAGCCACAGGGGUGGGCCAAGCGGGGCAGGAUCUGCGUUACAGCCACAGCGGGAGGAGCCAGUGGGAGACUCCCUGGCAUCUGCACCCAGAAGAAACUGGACAAAGCUACUGCAGCUCCUCCAUCGGCUUCUAAAAUGCCUGGAAAACAACUGGUCAGCCUGGUGCCAGAGGCAGGAGGCUGGCUAACACGACCCCCUCAGGGCUCUGGCGCCCCAAUCUGGCAUGGAGAAGGGACCAGGGCCCAACUGGAA